CCUCCUUGUUCUUGUCACAUUGUCCAACAUGGCGGCCUCCAUGGCGCGGACCUGCCGCUAUGUUUCGAGGCAUGGACCUUGUAUUCUGCCUCGGCUAACGCGUAUUUGCCUCACGCUCAGGUCUAAGUUUCACUGCUCUUCUUCUGCAUAUAACGGACUACUCGUGUCUCUAAAUAAACGCGGUAUUCUGAAGGAGUCCUUCCCAGAUGACGCAGCGCAGGACCAGCUCCCCCGCUUGCUCCGAGCUGCUGCUCAGACUGUGUACUGCGGCUUUGACCCCACGGCCGACAGCCUCCAUGUGGGCAACUUGCUCGCUGUAAUCGGCCUCCUGCACUUCCGUGACGCCGGGCACCAUGUCCUCGCUGUGCUCGGAGGGGCCACGGCACAGAUCGGAGACCCGAGCGGGAAGACGAACGAGAGGGAGCCGCUGUCCCUCGACGCCGUGGAGGCGAACACCCGCGGCGUCCGGGAGAGCCUCCAGAGGAUUUUCGCCAACCACGAACUGCACUUCCACGACAGCUCCAAGCAGCUCGGAACUCUGACUGUUGUGAAUAACCUGAGCUGGCACAAGGACUGCAGCUUGGUGGGCUUUCUGUCGGAGAACGGGAGGCACUUCAGGAUGGGCACCAUGCUGAGCCGCCACAGCGUGCAGUCCAGGCUGAAGAGCGCGGACGGUAUGAGCCUGACGGAGUUCACCUACCAGGUGUUCCAGGCUUAUGACUUUCACCACCUGAACCAAGUCUACGGCUGCAGGAUCCAGCUUGGGGGCACCGACCAGCUGGGCAAUCUGAUGUCCGGCCAUGACUUCAUUCACAAAGUGAGCGGUGAGGAGGUGUAUGGCCUGACCAUCCCGCUGGUGACCAGCUCUGCAGGGGACAAGUUGGGCAAGACGGCGGGAAACGCAGUGUGGCUGAACAGAGACAAGACGUCGCCUUUUGAGCUUUACCAGUUCUUCCUGCGGCAGCCUGAUGUCGGCGUGGAAAGGUACCUGAAGCUGUUCACCUUCCUGCCCCUGGCGGAGAUCGAGAGGUUGAUGGAGCAGCAGCGAGCGGAUCCGGGGAAACGCCUCGCCCAUAAACGCCUGGCUGCAGAGGUGACCAAACUGGUGCAUGGAAAGGAAGGCCUUGAGAGCGCAAAGAGGUGUACCAAAGCCCUGUACAACAGCAGUGUGGAGGCUCUGGAGGAAAUGAGUGAUGAGGAGCUGCAGGAGCUCUUCAGAGAAGCUCCCUUCCAUGAGCUGCUGUUGGAGCCAGGCACCACGGUGAUAGACGCCUGCCGCAGAGUCAACGCCAUCCCAGACGGACCCAGAGGGUAUCGAAUGGUUUCAGAAGGAGCAGUAUGGAUUAACCAACAACGGACAGACCAACCAGAGCAGAUACUGAUCCCAAAACUCCACAUCCUGUCAAAUGGACUUACUUUACUCCGAGUGGGCAAGAAGAACUUCUACAUCAUCAAGUGGCUCAGUCUCUGAGGCUGUCUACCUUUUUUGUUAUGGACCAAUUUAACCUUUGAUGGACUAACGGGGAAGGUAGGGGACUACACCUUUGCAGGGUCAGUAAGGAGACAUUGAUGGACUGGUACUUUGGAAGCUGCUGGGUUUUUGCCAUAUCCCUCGCCCUCUAUGAUUUCCUGUAGUUGUCAAAUAAAUAUUUAUAUGUACAGAUGUGAAAUU